AAACUGCUUUGGUCUCCAACAGUACAGUAGAGACAUACGCAUACACACACACACACACACACACACACAAACGCAGGGGGAACCUUUUGGCAGGCUCUUCAAAUGAGGAGGAGCAGGAGCCUUUGAGACCUGAGGGUCAUCUAAGAUCUCUGGAGUGUUGUAUCCCGUUGCAGUGCAGAGGCAGUCAUGGCCACGGCUAUAUCGUGACACACAGGGACAUGUGUGGCCAGGAGCUGUGAGGGCUCCUCGGGGGAGACUCCAGGCAUACCCACACAGAGAAUGCUGGAGGUGCAAGAGGAGCGAGGAGCAGGAGCAGCAGCCGGAGCAGCAGCAGCAGCAGCAGCAGCGGGAAACCUGAGUGGCAGGAAAGAGCGUGGAGCGAAAGAGCACGAGGAGGGCCAGGACUGCAGCAGCCCUGCCGCAAACGCCGGCCCCAGGAGUGCCAGGGCCAAGGCUACGUCCGCACACACCGCACUCUCUCACACACACACGCCCAGCCCUCACCAGCACUCUAGUCCAGCCUCUGUUCCCUUGGGACUGCCGUCAAUGCAUUCCAGCAACCCCAAAGUGAGGAACUCUCCAUCGGCUAACACUCAGAGCAGUCCAAAAUCCAAGCAGGAGGCCAUGGUGAGGUCACCACCAGUGAUGUCUCCUUCCAGCGCCGCGCAGAUGGACUCCAAACUCCCCAAUCAGGGAAAGCAAGGGGGUGCCGGCAGCCAAUCACAGCCCUCCCCUUGCGACCCCAAGUCGCUGAGUGGAAGCCACACGCCAAAAGGCCCCCAAGGGCCAGUGGGGAGCAUGGGACUGAAAAAUGGACAGGGCCUGAACUCAGGCAAUGGGGCAAAAGGCAAGAUUAAACGGGAGAGAAGCACUUCAGUAGAGUCAUUCGAACAGAGGGAUACAGGAACGCCCAACAACGAGGGGGACCAGAAAGAGCUGGGCAGUAGGGCUAAGAGGUUAUGUGUGGCAGAGAGACGGCAGCCCUACAGCGGAGCUGACUGGUGCUCAGGGGGCGAGAGUGAUGAGGAUGACCCAGGAUUCUUCAACUGUAAUUCCACAGAAAUGAAACCAGACCCCAGUACCCUUGCUUCCUCUACACCUACCCACAAUGCAAUGGGAGGACAGAGUACAGCUUCUGAAAUGGGCAGUGGUCAAAAACCUGGGUCAAAGGUUGUUUACGUAUUCACAACAGAAAUGGCCAACAAGGCUGCAGAUGCUGUCAUAACAGGCCAUGCCGACAACAUCAUUGCUUAUCACAUGAACAAUAUCUCCAAUGGCAAGGGCAACAAGCCUCAACUUCCCCUGAACAAUCAGAUGGGGCCCCUUCGGAAUGACCCCAAGCAGACGGGGGCACCGCCCCAGCAACAGCCCUCAUCUCACCCCACUGACCAGAACCACCAAGCAGCCUCCAAGUCGGGGCCACCAGGCCAGCAGCAGCCUCCAGCGCAACCAGCCCAACCUCAGCAGCCAGCCCCAGGGUCCAAACCAACCAGCCUCCCCCAGGAUGCCACCCCCACGGGAGGCAUGGACUCCAAGAGCCUCCCCAGCAGUAGUCCCCAGGAUGGUGCUGGAUCACAUGAUGGUAGCAACCCUGCCGGGACGCCUGGUAACCAAGCUCCCAACCAAGGUCCCAGUGCUGGUCCCCAGUCAGGCUUUCCUUCAGUGGAGCUGCCCAAGGGAGCAGAUGCCAAACUGACUGCUCAACACCACCAGCAGCUGGCUCAUGAGCUAGCUCAUAUGGGAGACAACCCAGAGGGUCUUUCCCAGGAACAGCUGGAGCACCGCGAACGUUCACUGCAGACGUUGCGUGAUAUUCAGCGCAUGCUUUUCCCUGAUGAUAAAGAUAUGGCUGCCAUGGGACAAGGGAAUAUGGGUGGCCCUCCGCCCAAUGCUGCCAUGAUGGAGGGAGGCCCCAAGAAGCCUGAGCAAGGUCCACUGCAAGCUAUGAUAGCGCAGUCACAGAGUUUAGGAAAACCUGGUGGCCCUGGAGGCCCACGUCCAGACGGACCUCCGUUUGGGCCUCCGGGCUCCAGAGACAUGCCCUUUUCUCCAGAUGAGCUGGGACCCCCACCACAGGGGCCAGGUCCUAUGAAUUCACACCAAGGACCAGGUGGUGAGCAUAGUGACCACAUGACCCCUGAGCAGAUGGCUUGGUUAAAGCUGCAACAAGAAUUCUAUGAAGAGAAGAAGCGCAAACAAGAACAGAUGCAACACAGACCCAUGGGUGACAUGAUGUUGCACCAGCCUGGGCCGCGUGGUAUGAUGCGUGGUCCCCCACCUCCUUACCAGAUGAAUCCUGGUGAAGUGUGGGGCCCUGGAGGCCCCGAACCUUUCCCUGAGCAAAUGAACAUGGGCCCUCGGGGGAUGCAUCCGCACAUGCAGCGAAUGCCUGGCUUCCCUGGCAUGAUGAACCCUGACAUGGAGGGAGGACCCAACCCCAUGCCACGGCCUGGCAUGAACUGGCCUGACGACAUGCCCAAGAUGGGAGAUGGUAGGGGCUUCCCACCAGGACAGGGGAUGUUUGGUGGUCCCGGUGGUCGGGUGGAGAGGUUCCCAAACCCUCAAGCAGUGCAAGAGGCUAUGUUCCACCAAGGAAUGGGUGACAAACAGGGCAUGGGUUUGCCACAUGGCAUGAUGAUGGAGAUGAACAGGAUGAUGGGAAACCAAAGACCCAUGGAGCCUGGUAACGGAGGAGGUAUGAUGUUUCCCAGAAUGCCUGGAGAUGGUCCGAUGAGCCCCUCAUCCAGGAUGGAGUUUGUGAAAGGCCUUGGACGUGACAUGGGCGAGUUUGGCAUGGGACCCGGCAACAUCAACAUGGGCCCCAACCCCCAGAUGAUGGGGCCCUCCAAAAUGAGAGAGCCACCCAUGAACAUUAGCCCUGAGGAGAUGAUGAAGAUGAGACAAGGGGGAGGGCCUAUGCCUGAUAAUAUGGGACCCCAGCAGAAGAUGAUGCAGGGUCCCCCUUUCCCAGAUCAGCCUCACCCAGGAGACUUCAAUAUGGGUCCCAACCGACAAUUUCCUGGCAUGGGUCCUCAGGGCCCUGGAAAUCCACGAGGCCCAAGGGGUGAGCCCCCCUUUGUACCAGAUCAGAGAGGAAAUGCAGGUGGAAAUGGCCGGCUUAGUCACAUGCCCCCGUUACCUCCUAACCAACCCCCAAACAGCUCAGGGCCCCCACCCAAUCAGAGGAGCAUGGGGCGCAAGCCAUCAGACCUGAGUGUUCAGUCCGGUCCGGCCAAUUCGCCCAACGUUAACCCUCUCAAAUCCCCAACUCUGCGUCAGGUGCAGUCACCCAUGCUGGGUUCACCCUCUGGUAACCUCAAAUCUCCACAGACCCCCUCCCAGCUUGCCGGGAUGCUCACCGGACCCUCGGCGGCGGCGGUAGCGGCGGCUGCGGCGGCUGCGUCCAUAAAAUCACCCCCGAUGAUGGGUUCAGCGGGGGCUUCACCCGUCCACAUGAAGUCGCCCUCGCUCCCUGCGCCCUCACCUGGCUGGACGUCGUCCCCCAAGCCACCCAUGCAAAGCCCGGGAAUACCCCAGAACAACAAACCUCCUCUCAGCAUGACCUCACCAAAUAUGAUGGGCAAUGUCGAGCAAGGUGGAAAUGCUCCACCCUCUGCACCACCCUCAAGUGGCACGUCCAGUCAACCGGGUUCCAUGAACGUUCCAGGAAGUCUUCCGUCCAGUAGCCCCUACACCAUGCCCCCCGAGCCCACGCUAUCUCAGAACCCCCUGUCCAUCAUGAUGUCACGGAUGUCCAAAUUCGCCAUGCCCAGUUCCACGCCGCUCUACCACGAUGCCAUCAAGACUGUGGCCAGUUCUGAUGACGACUCGCCACCUGCUCGCUCCCCUAAUCUGCCCUCCAUGAACAACAGCAUACCUGGCAUGGGUGCAAACCACCACCCAGGACAACCACGGAUGAUGACGCCCAAUUCCUCUGGUCCCAUGCCCUCCCUCAGCCCCAUGGGCAUGAACACCAUGGGUUCCCAGCCCCUCUCCCAUGGCAUGCCCAACCAAAUGCCCUCCCCUAAUCCGAUGGGUCCCAACAUGCCUCCUCACUCCGGACCCAUGGGACCGGGGAUGAUGCCCCAUGGAAUGAUGAUGCCCCCUGGUUCCCAGGACCCAGGAAUGGGCAACAACCAGAUGAUGCCCCAGGGCCGUAUGGGUCUCCCACACCGGGGUCAGGGCUUCCCGCCGGGGCAGUCUCCUCCACAACAGGUGCCCUUCCCCCACAAUGGUCCCGGGCCCCAGGGAGGCUUUCCUCAUGGUAUGGGCUUCCAGGGGGAGGGCGGUCCACUCGGUCGAAUGGGGAACAUGCCCCAUGGGCCUGGAGGUGAGCCUGGCAUGUGUAAACCUAACACACCUGGCGGACAGGAGUUCAACAACAUGCCAGGCGUCUUCAACGACUCGGACCUGCACGAGGUCAUCAGGCCUGGUGCUUCGGGCAUCCCGGAGUUUGACUUGUCACGCAUCAUCCCGUCGGAGAAGCCCAGCCAGACUCUCUCGUACUUCCCCCGCGGCGGAGAUGCUCCCGGUGGCAAGCCGCCGCACCCGUCCGGACCGCCCGGGUUCUCUCAGAUGCAGGGAAUGAUGGGCGAGGGCAACCCCAGGAUGGGCCUCCCUAUGCAGGGAAUGGGAGGUCCUCCGGGCCCUGGUCACAUGGGGCCCCAGGACAUGCCAAUGGGCAACCCUGGCCACAACCCUAUGCGGCCCCCUGGUUUCAUGGGCCAGGGUAUGAUGGGACCCCAGCACAGGAUGUUGUCGCCAGGUCAGCAGCCAGGCAUGAUGGGAGGCCCGGGAAUGAUGCAGGGCAAGGAAAGAGGGCCGUUGUACAACCACCCUGGCCCUGUGGGAUCCCCGAACAUGAUGAUGUCACUACAAGGGAUGGGUGGCCCCCAACAGACUAUGAUGAUGCCCCCACAGAUGCGGCCCCGUGGCAUGGCAGGCGAUAUGAGCAUGGGCUUUAACCCUGGCCCGGGGAACCCUGGGAAUAUAAUGUUCUGAGCUGCUAUGCUUAAAUGCCAAGACUCAACCCAGUCGUGGACAACCAGGAAACUGCAAAACCUGUGAAACAAACAAACAAACAAACAAACAAAAAAGAUACCAUUACAAAAGGAAUACAAAGUUGCAAGCUGUGUGUUGUCAAAGGCCUCUGUGUGGAAAGUGGGACACUUGAUGCAUAUGCACAUACACACACAGACACACACACGCACGCACACACACAUCUGGGUGGGAUAAGGUCGAGGUGCUCACACACACACUCUGUUACAUGCAUACGUGCACACCUGGAUGUGUAUUGAGGGAAUCCUCACCCCCCCCCCCCCCCCCCAGAGAUGGUCCACAGCUUGCAGGUGCUUUUUGUGUGAAGACUGAGAGAGCAGUACAAACAGUACAGCGCUGCGCUCACAGAGUUUCUGUUUUGGCAUGAGCC